AUGAUGUCGACGUGGAUGCAGGAUGCAGAUGAAGCGUCUCUGGACAGCGGGAAACGUCGACUAUCCGGUCGCAUACAUAUCCUCGGACUCGGCAAUGUCGGCACAUUCGUUGCUCACUCUUUGGCGAGUCGACCGUCUCCGCCACCCAUUACACUCCUGCUGCACAAUCUAGGGCUCUAUCGGACCUGGGUGAAGAGGAAGAAGUGCCUGUCACUUAACUCCAACGGACUCGACGAUGUGAAAACGGGCUUCGACAUCAACGUUCUAGGGGAAAAGUCCUGGCUUUCCAUACCCUACUGGAAGGAGGACGGUACGCCGAACGAGAGCAUCAAAGGCGAGGAGAAAGAUGCCGAGGAUGACGGCCCUAUCGAAUGUUUAAUCGUCGCUGUCAAGGCCCAGAUGACCACACGGGCCCUGGAGCCUGUCCGUCACCGUCUGACGCCCGAGUCCACGAUCCUGUUUCUCCAGAACGGCAUGGGCGUCAUCGACGAGAUCAACGAGACGGUCUUUCCGGACCCACACACUCGGCCUCACUACAUGCAGGGUAUCAUUUCUCACGGCCUGGCGCGACUAACCCCGUCUCGUUUCUCAGUCGCGCAUACCGGCGUUGGCACAACCGUCUUGGGCGUGGUGCCGCCGGCUGGUACCAUGCCUCUCUCCAAGGCGGCCGACGCGGACUGGGCACCAAGUACCAAAUAUCUUCUCCGCACGCUGACCCUGACGCCGCCGCUUGUUGCGAUCGCCGAAACCCCGUCCGCGCUCAUGCUCUACCAACUCGAGAAGCUUGCCAUGAACUCGGUGAUCAACCCCCUCACGGCUAUUAUGGGCUGCCCAAACGGCGAUAUUCUCUACAACUACAGUAUGACCCGUAUCAUGCGUCUGCUUCUCAUGGAGAUCUCCGGCGUGAUCUGCGCGCUGCCGGAAGUGCAGGGCAUCCCCGGGGCUGAAAAUCGGUUCUCCCCCGAACGGCUGCGCCGGCUGGUGACGCAGCUGGCCGACCAAACGGCUAAGAACAACAGCUCCAUGCUACAAGAUGUCCGGGGCAGGAAGACGACCGAGAUUGAGUACCUGAACGGGUAUAUUGUGCGCAAGGGGGAAGAGCAGGGCGUGAAGUGCGUGGUGAAUUAUAUGAUGAAGCAUUUAGUGAUAGGCAAGAAGGAACUCAACAAGCUGAAAGAGGAACGUAAUAUUCCGGUGGACUUGAUCGAUGCGCCCAUCUAA